UACCGUAUGAGCGCGGCGCGAGCGACUGCAUCAGCAUUUCGUGCGGCAGUGUCAGGUGGAGCGGUCAGGCAGUAAAACAGAUGAUAAAUGUAGCACAAUAUGAGAAGAUCAAAGAUAAAGCCAAGUAUAAACUUGGCAUCCAGACGUUCGGUGUCGACACCUUCGCACUCCAAGGAUAAGGGGAACAUCGGAGCACCUGUGACAUCAAACACCACACAGGGGAAAGAUGCUGUACCCAAACCAACUCAGAAAAGUGCUGACGAACCUCCUAAGCCAUCAAGGGAGAGAUCAGCCAGUCAGUCCGAAAGGACAGAUGCUGACUCAAAGAAAGAGACACCAAGACUCAACCCUGAAGUCACCCAAGAACCUUUGCCAUUGAAGGAUACAACAAAACAACAGGAUGAUACAACCCUUCCUGCCAGUGCUCCGGAAGAUAAGGAUGAGCAGUCAUGUGGUGCUACCAUUCCAUCCUCUGCAUCAUCAGCUCCUGCACUAGCCCAGGAUGCAGGCACCAAGAUGGGUCCACCGUCCAUCCGAAGGAAGCGGUUUUCGGCCGUGCCCAACCUGGGUCAGCCAAGGUUACGACCCGCAGGUCAAAGGUCACAGGUUACCCCUGCUGGGCCGCCUCCAGAGACCAGCAGUCGCCAGGAGCAGAAGGAGAACGAAGAAGCUGUCAUGAGACCUCCCCCUGUCCAAAGAGUGCUCUCUGUACCUACAGCCAAUGAUAAGAAAGUUGGUUCUGCCAGUCCACUUGUCACAUCAGUAGUACAGGAUGUGCAAAAAAAUGCAGUGAUCAAGGGCCAUGAACCUGUACCUUCACAGAAGCCACCCAUAGCUCCAUCGGGAGUGGCUGCUAAGGUAGUGACCACCAAGGCACCGGAAGUACAAGCAUCGGGAGACAGCAAGUCAUCUGAGGUUGAAGGCAAAAAGAGUGCCCAUCAUUCUAACGUCUACAGCAAGAAGCUGAAAGAAUUGAAAGAUCAAAUGGAUGAAGAGACUCCCUCUAAUAGAAGAAAACGGCAUGCAAGAAGCACCAGUCCCGACCGAGCUACAAUGACCAUGGGAGAUCUGAUAUAUUACAACCCAAGAACAAACCCCAUGAAAGUUUCUGAAGCAGAGAAAAAGAAUAAGAAGAGCAAGACUGAGAAUAACCAGAAAAAGAAGGUUACCUCUGGAACUGAUGAAGAGCCAGAGGAAGCCGUUGAAGAAGACACCUCGUCUGCCACUAUGGCCCCGCAGGUGAAGAUAGGUCCAGACGGUGAGAUCAUCAUUGAUCAGACCAGCUUGUACAUCCAAGCUUCCCCCGUCCAGACCUUUGAUCCCUCGGAGAGCGAGAUCGUCCACGAAGACGCCUCCACCACCACCUACUCCAGCUUCAGGAAACAUAAACGCACUUCCGCCUGGACACAGAAAGAUACGGAGAGAUUCUAUUUCGCGCUGAGUGCAGUCGGAACUGAUUUUGCCACCAUCACCGCCAUGUUUCCAAGUAGAACCAGAGCAGAGAUCAAGCGCAAGUUCAAGAGAGAGGAGCGAACGAAUCGCCGGAGAGUCGACGGGGCACUAAUGAAUCGGAAGGAGUUGAAGGAGUCUUUGUUCGAUCUUCCAUCGGACGAGUCUGAUGUGGAAUCAGCGGUCGAUGCCAACAAAGACAAGAACAAGAAAAAGAAGCCAGCGAAACGCAAUGAAAAGAAAGUUGCUUCUAAAGAGAAUGCUCACGUUGCUCUAGAGGAUAUCGCAGAAGAACCCGAGGAUCAAAAUCUAGUAGUGGACGAUGCAUCUAGAAAUGGUGAUCUGGACUCCCAGGAUGACACGGAGGAUCAACCUAAUCUGGAAAACAUUCUAAGCAUAACACGAUCGGGACGUCAGCCGAAGCUUAGGACCUCAUUCACCAUUCAGAUUCCGCCUAAAGUGAAUCGCAAAAGGACUAGGGCUUCUCCAAGUCAAAAGGCAAAUGACCUCAAGGUCUUUGACGACUACGCCAAACAUCGUAUUCAGAGGCUGCAGAGUGAACAUGAAGCGACUUUGUCCCUGAAGAGAUUAGCUAGGAAUGAGGCCGCUCAAGAUCAGGAGGAAGAAUCGGAUGAUGAUGGUAGGAGUGAUAUGACCAUGGAUAUGAUGAGUGAAGUUGGGAGUGAGGUACCCGAUGACUUGGAGAGCGUUGACAACUUGGGACUUACCAAUAACCUUCAACCUUUGAGAGUGUUACAGAGGAACAGUCCUUCUGCAGGACUGUCCAGCUUCCAGCUGGCAGAUGGUGGAUUCAGUUCUCCUGAAAGUAUCAACGAUCCUUCAGUAAAGAAAGUGACCCUGAUGAUCACCACACCAGACGGGAAACAGACAUUAGUUCAAGUCAACUUGACAUCGGGUGAAAGUAAUCCCCUACCUGUAACAUCAGGCAGUAGCCAACAGGCGGAAUCUGGCGAUGCGAGAUUAAGAGACGGUGGAGUUGUACAGCCGUCACCGAAGGCAGGGUCAGCUCAGAUACCUGCUGGUGCUACAUCACAAUCAACUUCAAAUCUUGAGCCAAGUCCUGCUAGAACUCUGACUGCCCUCACUGACGUGUCUUCACCGUACCAAAGAGCAUCUCCCCAUAAUAAGCCUUCUAAACAGUCCAAGAAUGUGACCAUUUUUAGGAUCGUUAACGGGAAGGUAGUGCACGGUCCUUCACAGCCAUCAACCUCAGCAACCUCUCCGGGAAUGGAAAGAAUUUCAACAGAGGUCACACCUUCAGUCAAAUCAAUUCCUUCAAUGCAGCUUGCAACGUCCUCUACCCAUUCAUUACAUCAACAAAGUACUUUUCUAAGUGGGAGUGCAUUCCCUUCUGGUGUUCCAGAGGGAACUUCUCUCAUCGCAACCAAAGGGACGUCUCAAAUAGAAGCACAAAAAUCUGUUGAAUUAACUCCCGCGGAAGCACCUACUAUUCCUGCCGUCACAGAGAAUGUGUGCGCAGACAACUUACUAAGUAUAGGCUCCCUCCAUGAUCUCGAUAUGAGCAUGACCUUUGACCCUAGUAUUGGAAUCGCUGCUUACGAGGAAAGUAUUGAAACUAUUGGGGAUAACAUUGUUGCCCAGCAAGUUAAUAUAGCGAGUACAAAUCCCGAUGAGCCUAAUCCUCAGACUAAACCUAGGUAUAAACGUAAUGAACCUUUCAUUCCUCCCAUUAAGUGAUGGAGCACUCACAUUUUGAAAUUUGUUGUGGUUUGCAGUAGCAGUGGUGUGUUUUGUCCCCUUUCAAGCAUAAAAUAUCAAAUUCCCCAAAUAUUUUAUCUAUGCUGAUGUUUUUUAAUUUCUCUACAUUAUGUUUGAACUAUCCAUCUAUUGAACAACCAUAGAGUUGGCAAAAAGACAUUCUCAACAAAAUUUAUUUGAAUUUCAACAGAAAAGGAAAAAAAAUAAUUUGUUUUUAUGCAGUAUCAAAAAGUAUGAUGAAUCUAGGAUACCCAACUUUUAAUUAUUUUCACAUGUUAAUCCCCUCCCCCUGUCCUUUUUAAAUAUAUGUUUUGCCCUAAAAUUUUGUAGUUAUUAAGGGCGAUAUUGCUACUCUCCUGAUUGGGGAAAGUUAAAUCUUUGUAAGUUUAAGAACAAUUGGAGGAACAAGAAGUUUUGAGCAUUUGAAUGUUGCAGUCACUAUCCCAUUAUCAAUGCGACUAAGAUUUGUGAGGUCACACACACUUUAGCAACUCAUUCCCUUUGUACACUGAAAAUAUACCCCAUUGCAUCUAUUCUGCUCAUUGUAGUGAUAGUAUCCAUGGUAUCUUUUGUGAAACCUCUAUUAUGUGUCCUCCCAUGAUAAGAACGCUUGAUCUACAACAGACAGACAUGAUGAAAUGAGAAUGUGAGUAAAUUUUUUACAAAAGUAAUUGGGGAGUUGUCCAAGUGUAACAUCGCACAUCAUUGAUGCAUUCUCAAAGGGAGAAUGUCCUUAGCACAGUGAUCUCAACAUUCAAAUGCUAGUAACUUUCUUAAUAUUUUGUCCACUGGUUCCCAAACCUUCUUCAAUCAUAUUUUUUCCUGCUAUCCAGCUAACAUUAUCCUAGGUUUUCAUUCUCCUUUAAGAUUGUUUUAAAUUUUGGUUGAAAAAAAUAGUUUUAGAAGGUCGGUAUGAAAAAUGCAGCCUAGUACUUACAGGGUCCAGGGGAUAAAACAGUAUUUUGUUUUGUUGGAACCUUCUAAUUCAUGCAUAGAUAAAUUAUGCACAUUAUAUGAUAGACAAUUGUGUGUUUGUUUAAAUGCUGAUUUUUAUUUUUCAUUUAAGUUUUGAUGAAUUCUUUUUAAACCUUUGUUUAAAUCUUGAUGUGUAAAAAAAAAAUGAUAUUGUGGUGCAUGCUUUUUUCUGGUUUCUUUAUAAAUAUCACCUUUAAGUGCAAUAUGAUUUGUAACACAUAGCAGGGAAUUAUUUUCCUGGUAUGGCAUCGCAAUUUGCUCCACAUUUUUGAGAGACUGCUAUGCACAAAGUCUUUUGUAUAGCAUAUUUUUACAUAGGACUGUACAUUACUUAGUUGAUAGCUUUUCUCUUAUGACCAAAAAUGCUAUUCAGUUAUGUAAGCAAAUUUAUUCCCUGCAUAGUUUUGAAGUCUUUAAGAGGAAAAAAUGUUUUUGAAUUCCCCUUAUUUCAUGUGUUUUUCUGUUUGUAUCCAGCCAGCAAUGAUACCCUGUAGAUGGGAAA